AUGAGCAAGUUCAAUUUUUUAAUUUUUUUAAUAUUUUUAAUUUUUAGAGAUUCAAUUGGAGUGAAAUCCUUUAAAAGCAUCACGUUACGUAAUAUACAAUGUGAAGGAAAUCCAGAAAUUGUUGUUAAUUUUACAUGCGUUUUAAAAGCUGUCAAUAGAGAUAAAGUUAUUGGAAUUCUUGACGGUGAUGUUAUAACAAGGGUUACCAAUGUUAUGAUAAAUUUUAAUACAUUUGCUCGUCUUAAUGGUUGGAAACAAUGGAUUAUUCACGGAACAUUUGAUUUAUGUGAAGUUUUAGCCGGAAAAUAUCAUCCACUUUUUAAAAUUUUUAAAUCAACUCUAAUAAAAUAUACAAACAUUAAUCAUACAUGCCCAUUUGAGGGUCAUCUUUUUGUUAGAGAUUUAGUAUUUGAUUCAUUAGAUUUUGGAAAUUCUAUUUUACCACCUAAGGAUUAUCGUGCCGUAUUAAGAGGAUAUGGUUAUAAAACACAAUACUUCAAUAUUACUAUUGACGUUCGAAUAACAUAAAUUCAUUAAUUAUAUUGUAAUAUGAUGAAUUCAUUUUGCCGCGAUGUGUAAUAAAAUAAAUAUUAAUUAAAAAUAGUUAAAAUAACAUGAAAUUUUACUUCAAAUAUGUCAUUUAUAAGAAGAAAAUCUUGUUUUUGUUUAAGAAUGUCGGGGCCUACCUUAAUGCAAUUCAUAGUUUGUUUAACAUACUCAGUUGCCAAUGAGUUUUCUUUUUGGCCUAGUGCAAGUCCUUGGCGGUGGUGGCCGUGCGGCCCUCCCCUUUCCUGCUUGACACAUUCAGCAAUAUUAAAAUUUCAAUUGCUGACUAUGUCAAAUUUAUAUUUAGUCUGCAUCUGCACACAUAAUUAGAAAAAUUUUCUCUUCGCAAUAUAAUUAUAAGCAUUAGAAUUA